AUGAACACCUCCAAAUUUUUAAUUAUUGGUUUAACCCUUACUACUGCUUUGAUUGGAGCAGCAUUCUAUCUGAACUAAGGUACUCCUCUUGCUGAAAACCCUGCUGAUUACCUUGAUGUAAUUGUUAGUGUAGAUCCUAACCAUGAUGAAAAUGAUUUGACUUGCAAUAAAUGUUUUGCAAGAGCUGAUACUUGUCCUUGUGAUAACUAUUCUAUUUUCUAAUGGGCUACUUGCUACAAGUACAGUGUUCCUACUUGUGAUGAUAGCCCUGCUAGUGAAAGAUAAACCUGUUAUAAGUAUGCCUCAGCUGUUGCUGAUUUGGUAUACCCUUCUGCCAAACAUGAGUUAAAUGCCUGCAAGAACUGGUAUAAAUACUUUGAAAACACAACUGCUGAUGCUAAGUUGAAUAAAAAUAGAUGGUUUGAAUGCUGCUUUGCUGACUCCAGAGUUUUAAGCUUGGCUUAAAAAUCUAAUUUUUACUACAACAGAAUUUUCAAAAAGCUUUAUCUUGAAUGUGGUAAUAUCAAUUAUUGA